AAAUUUGUGUUACACACUCAGUUUUAUUGCACGCGAAAUUGCGCAAUUAAUGCGCAUUGAAGUUCGCUUCGAUGUUUCCAAUGUUUUUUACAAAUUGAUGAUUGACAACCCUAUCUAUGUACAGAAUUCGACUAAUUCCUGUCUACUUAAUUAUAUUCCUAUUACUCAUAGUUUUAGCGUUUGGGAAAAUUACAACAGAUGUCGAUAAAGCGUCGUCAAAUGUAGAAAAUAGUGUAAACGCAUUAGAAACAAAAUUAAUUAGAUCCCGACGUAAGAUUUACAAUACCGAUCACGAUGCCAAUAACAACCGAGAAAAUAACAUUGGACCGCAACGAACUGAAAGAAGCCGAAAGGAACCGAAGAUAUGGGAUCAAUGGGGCAACUGGUCGAAAUGUAGCGUUACUUGCGGAAUAGGAAAAAUCACGAGAUGGAGACAUUGCAUUAGCGGAAGUUGUUCUUUGGGGCAGAAGAAGGCUCAAUUAAAAACCUGCACUUCCGCGGCGUGUUAGAACAUUUUGUAAAUGACGCGUGAUUCAAAUAUAAUAGCAGUAUCAUUAUUAUUCGUGAAAAAAAAUGUUUCUAACUUUGCGAGUAUUAAUUACAUGUCAAUUCUUUAACUCUGAUACAGGAUACAGCAGAAUUAUUGCGAGA